UUUGUUUUUCUGCACGAGCACCGCUGGAAUGUGUCUCGUUGCGGGAGCGUGCGGGACUUUUCGCGGGGCAGGAAUGCCUUUGGUCCACGCCCCCUCUCCUCCGGUGGGCGUCCAAUCAGAGCGCGGGGACGGUUUCAAGGCGCCCGCGGAGUCCCAACCGUAGAAAAACAAAAGCCCCGCAUCACAACAAAACUCGGAUUUUACACCAAACUACGUGCGGGGAUGUAGUUUUACACGCGGGAGGCGAACCCGGCGAGUCGUUCUCGGUCUUUUCCGUCGCUCGCUCGGGUCUUUCCGGCGAUGUUGUUUAUCUGUAGUAAGGGGGGGCUUGAAACCGACGUCCCCUUGCCCCAUUUCCUCGGUUGUUUUCCUCCCGCCUGGAUUCUCCAUGUUGUUGCUGAGAGGGUGAAGACUUCGGCGGCCACGGAGAGACGCAGAGCGGGGGGCUCCGCGGAGGGAACACGGAGAACGAGACGCGGCGAGAAUAAUAAUAAUAACAAGAAGAAAUAAAAACAAAAACAAAAAAAAAAAAGAGACGGACCAGAGUCUCGAAGAGGAGAGAGAAAAAACACAAAGUGCCUCCUCGCCUCCUCCCUUAGGCGGCGGCGGACAGAAAGAAGAGGAGCACCGAGCAAGAAAGAAAGAAAGAGCACCGAGGAUUGUUUAUAUUUAUAUUUAUAUAUAUAUAUAUUUAUAUAUAUAAAUAACAGAGGCGGGACGUGCUGCUGUGUUACCUCGCUCGUUUUUAAUUGUGUGAUUUAAAAACCCAAUGAGGGAUGCCCGUCCGUGCUCGGGGACAGGAUUUGAGGAUUUUGCGGGCUCCGUGAUUGUCAGAUGGAAAGUUCUGUUAUCACCCAAGUGCAGAAAGAAGAAGUGUCACCGAAAACAGGCCAGGUGAGCCGCUCGGCCCUGAAACAGCCUCGGAGUUGUAACAUCUUCAAAGCGCUCUUCUGUUGCCUCCAAGCUCAGGAUGGCCCCAAACCACCACCACCGUUACCACCACCUUCCCAGCAGGCCUUGCUGGAGUCACAGGAAAAUGGGACGGUUGUCAAGCAAUAUGAACACAGCCUGCUGCCCGAGGUGAACGCCCAGGACCAAGGGAAGAUCUGCGUGGUCAUAGACCUGGAUGAGACCCUGGUGCACAGCUCGUUCAAGCCUAUUAGCAAUGCAGACUUCAUCGUGCCUGUGGAGAUAGAGGGGACCACACACCAGGUCUAUGUCCUGAAGAGGCCGUACGUGGACGAGUUCCUGCAGAGAAUGGGAGAGUUGUUUGAAUGUGUGCUGUUUACAGCCAGUCUCGCAAAGUAUGCAGACCCAGUGACGGACCUGCUGGAUCAGUGUGGUGUAUUCCGGACCCGGUUGUUCCGGGAAUCUUGCGUAUUCCACCAGGGCUGCUACGUCAAAGAUUUGAGCCGCCUGGGCAGAGACCUCCACAAAACUCUAAUCCUGGAUAACUCUCCUGCCUCCUACAUCUUCCACCCAAAUAAUGCUGUUCCCGUGGUGUCAUGGUUUGACGACGUGGACGACGCCGAGCUGCUCAACCUUCUGCCUGUGUUUGAAGAACUUAGCCAAGCUGAUAAUGUUUACACCCGGCUGGACCAGCUUCGUGGACAUUAAAAAGCUCUCCGCGGACUCUGCUCAGCUCAGAGCUCCGACUUCGAACCUUCUUCUUCUUCUUCUUCUUCUUCUUCUUCUUCUUUCUUCGACUACAACAGAACCCGUAUAUAUCGAGAAUAUAGAUAGUUUUCUGCACACAAAAAAAUAAAUUCUCUGUUUAGAAAAAAUGGUAUUAUCACGAGAGGGGGUUAAGGAAAUUCCAAGCCUGGGAAAACACAAUGUGUUUGGCCCAGGCGUGACUUUAGAUUGCGAUCUGAGGCGUUUUCCUCAGCUGAACCUCGGCGCUGACGUUAUUGACAAACCACUAUGAGAAAAGAGAGUUGGGGAACGACGACCAAAGCAGUCCCGUCACAAUCACACUCCAGUUAGUAUGAAUAUUAAAGUGGUUCUUUUGCCAAAGCAGAAGCCUGCCUGCCCUGACUUGACUUUUGGACAUUGUUGUUUUGUUUUUUUUAAUUAUUGUGCCUUUCAAGGAACAACAACAACAAAAAAGAAAACAUCAGCUCUUUUUUGAAAUUUUCCACCAGAUUUUUAUACAUUUAUCGAUUUCUUUUUAUAGGUUGUUUUAUACGGAAAUCUAUUUUUAAACAACAGUGAACGUGGUUUCUUCUAUGCAACCCGGUUCUUAUCGAUCACACGGACAGUACCUCCUUAAAGUAGCUGGUCAAUAAUUGCAUUCAGCAGAUGUAAACAUUACUGUAGCCUUAUUUACCUGCACACGCGCAGCAAAACAAAAAGUGUAUUUUACUUAUUUGUACUAUAAAAACAUCAUUUCUACAUCAUCAGUGCUCAGAUUGAUAUUAGAUAUAUGGGUUAUAAGUAAACAGGGUGAAAUCUUUUGUCUUUCACGGACACACUGGAGUAUGUUGGCACAUAGGAUGACCCGUACAAUGCCACCGUUUUCAGUCAAGGUUUUUUUUUUAAAUAAUAGUUCAUUUGUUACUCUUUUUCUUUUAUGGCUUUAUGACAAACAACUUGCACUUGUUUUAUAUUGACAGUGCUGAAAGUAAAAAAAAAACAACGAACUGUGCCUUUUUGAAAUUCGGACAGAGAAUGGUGUUCUGCCUGAAAAGAGAUUUGUAGGCCUACACAGUCUGAUGUGUCAUGCUGAGCGUGAGAAAACACUGUCAAGAGCAAGUGUAAUGCCAUGUGGCUCUGGUACUUGCAGUGCAACACUUGAAAAAUAUCAAAUUUGAUUUUUUUUUUUUAAGCAUGUGUGAGUUUUUAAGAAAAAAUAUAUUUAUUGGCCAAACAAACCUGUUAUUGUCCAGUACUUCUUCUUAAUGCUUAACAUUUUGUAUUGUAAUCCAUUUGCCUACUUUUGAGGCUGGCCUUGUGUUUUUAUCUGUGCCUAAAUAACAUUUUACACAUUUUUGCUAUCAAAGAUAAAUCCGAGAUUCAAUCAUGUUUUCUGUUUUUUCAUUUUAAAUUCAAGAUAUUUUGUAGGGGUUUGUUUGUUUCCUGGGUAAUAUGGUUUUUCUAUGAUGUUUUUAAUGUCUGAUGCAAUUAUUGCCUGCAUGUUAUAACUAAGUGAAAACACGACAAUGAAUUUGUACCAGUUGUGAUGACCAAAAGUAUUUGUUAAGACAGUCACAAUUUGUCUUUGUGUAUCAGAAUAAAUCAAAAAAACUUGUUCCGUCUACCUGAUCUGACCAAAACGCUAAAAGACAAGGUGCUACCAGUUUUUAUUUCACAAUAAAAAUUGGUUAUACUG